GGAAAUACAACUCCUACGUCGGUUACGGCACAAAAACGUCAUCCAGCUUGUUGACGUGUUGUACAAUGAAGAGAAGCAGAAGAUGUAUAUGGUGAUGGAAUACUGUGUGUGUGGCAUGCAGGAGAUGUUGGACAGUGUCCCUGAAAAAAAGUUUCCAGUUUUUCAAGCGCACGGGUAUUUUUGCCAGCUGAUAGAUGGCUUGGAAUAUCUGCACAGCCAAGGCAUCGUUCACAAAGAUAUUAAACCAGGGAACCUCUUGCUCACAACCAAUGGGACGCUGAAGAUAUCGGAUCUGGGCGUGGCAGAGGCAUUGCACCCGUUCGCAGAGGACGACAUGUGCCGAACAAGCCAGGGCUCACCCGCUUUUCAGCCGCCAGAAAUCGCCAAUGGCCUCGAUACCUUUUCAGGCUUCAAAGUGGAUAUUUGGUCUGCAGGUGUCACACUGUACAAUAUAACGACUGGCCUUUAUCCCUUUGAGGGUGAUAAUAUUUAUAAGUUAUUUGAAAACAUUGGGAAAGGGGACUAUACGAUUCCAGAGGAUUGUGGCCCUCCGCUCUCAGAUCUGCUUAGAGGAAUGCUUGAAUAUGAUCCAGCCAAGAGAUUUUCAAUACAACAGAUAAGGCAUCAUAACUGGUUUCGGAAAAAACACACACAGUCUGACCCCCUGGUUCCCAUCCCCCCCAGCCCAGAGACAAAAGACAGAUGGAGAAGUAUGACGGUGGUGCCUUACCUGGAAGACCUGCAUGGCUACAAUGAAGAGGAGGAAGACGAUGAUUUAAAAGAGGACUACUUGGAUGAUGAGAUCAUCUACACUCAGGAUUUCACUGUACCAGGGCAGGUGCCUGACCAGGAGACCAGGCAGAACGGGCAGAGUCGCAGCAGAGGGCUGCCCAAACCCAUCUGCAUGAAUGGGACAGAGCCAGGGCAGCUGAGCACGAAGAACAGGACUGAGCGGCGGGCAAGCGCCUCUUCCAACCCAUCUUCCCGCAAGGCCUCCUCUGCUGGCAGCAAGAUCCGCAAACUCUCCACCUGCAAGCAGCAGUGACACCCAAAGCCUGAUCACCCUCCUCCUGGAGUCCGAAGUUGCCUGACGCUCUGGGUGACCACAACCAUCAUCCUCGUCUCUGUCUCUCCUGCCCCUUCUCUUCCCGUAGCAAAUGUUCCAUAGAACACGCUUGCAAUCAAAAAGACGGAAGAAAAAGACUUUGCAAAGUGACAGACCCAAUAAGAGGGAGGGCAUCGCACGGACACCCCCCCCCCCCCCAGUGCUGUCUUGACUCGUCCGUUCCUUUAUGCCGCUUUCAACAAGUCCUCCUGUGGACUGAACUAGAGUUUUUGGCGGUCCUUUCUUGGACAAUCCCAUGCUUUUGCCAGCCACUACCAGGACUCUGUGGGUUGUCGUGGGAAAAGGCAUUCCCUGUUGGGUAGUGGGGUGAGAUUUAGGGGGCUGAGAUGUGGGAGAUGGAGUUUCUUUUCAUGGAAGUCUCUCUCCUGUGCCUUCCUGGGUGUGUUAGACUUUUUUGCAAGCCAUCAACACGCACUUUAUGUAGUAGACUACUGUUAUAUAAUAUAUAUAUAUAUGUGUGUGUGUGUGUAUAUAUAUAUAUAUAUAUUAUAUUAUAUAUUUUUCUCUUUUUCUUGGGCCCCACCUUCCUCCCUCCCCUCCUUUUUUUCAUUUUCCUUUAUAUUUGCAGUAUCUCUCUAUACCUUACACAUUGUGAUGUAUUUGAAAUUUAUAAAAAGACUAGAGCCAGGAGUGAAUGGGGAGGGAUGGAAGGCCUUUGGAAUUGAGAAUUGGGGAUUUAAAAGAGCCAGGGAUGGGGGAGAUCAAACUGGUUUUAAACAGAAAGAAAACCACCACCAUGAAUUGAUUAAAAUUAAAGGAAAUGAAAAACCAUAAAUAAAAUUGAAAAAAAAAGUCUGCAUGAUGUUUAUAAAAGGGCUGGAGCAAAGGGAAAUGAGUGAUUUUUUUUUUCCUUUCCUUUCUUCAUCUUUUUUUUAAAAAAAGAAAAUAAAGUUAAUAUGGAGAGA